CUCCAUCUGGCGCUGCGAAUUUCCUCCAUUUCUCAUCUUAUUCCUCAAGUGUACGCCCCAAUGAUCACGAAAUCGAGUCCUCAGAGUUUGGAGAAAGAGAUCCUUGAUCUUGAGUAUCGUCUACAGAAUGCCAAAGCUCGUCUAGCGGUGGCCUCCGGUCAGGAACCGAGCGGAGAUUCAUACUUGCCUCUUCCCCAGGGUAGGCGAAACGCAUUACAAGACGUUGCGGCGGCCAAUGCUGACCUCUUACCUCCAGAUACGGUCCCAUUACUUUCCAGUCAUGCAUUAUUCCUACUAUCGGACUCUGCCCUUCCAUUGGGCUCAUUUGCCUAUUCUAGCGGUCUCGAAUCUUAUCUCGCGCAUAAUAAACCUCUUCCUCCAAAGAUCACACCCACUGCAUCCUUCCAUCGCUUUUUAAAACUAUCGAUCACAUCAAUGGCGAGCACGUCAAUACCAUACGUUCUCGCGGCAUACCGACAUCCAGAAGACCUAGAAACAUUGGAUAAUGACAUGGAUGCGUCAACGCCCUGUGUAGUAGCGCAGCGAGCGAGCAUCGCGCAAGGGAGGGCUUUGAUCGGUGUCUGGGAACGGGCGUUCCGAGGGACGUAUGCUUCAGGUCCAUUUUCAGCAGGCGUUGCUGCUUCCGAGGCGGCCAAAGCCAUGGAGAACUUUUCGGACGCCCUAAAGUCGUGUUCUGACGCACCAGAUGACCUGGGUCCCAAGGGUCACUUUGCACCCUUAUGGGGUAUCGUUUGUCUGGCUAUGGGAAUGGAUGCUCGCCAAACAGCAUAUGUAUUUAUGUUGAACCAUGCGAAGGCAGUCCUAAGUGCUGCGGUGCGGGCCUCCGUGAUGGGGCCAUAUCAAGCACAGGCUAUCCUAGCCAGUAAAAGCCUUCAAGAUAUGAUAAUGAACCGGAUAGAGCGAGAGUGGGAUACGCCCGUAGAAGAUGCGGGUCAAGUUGUACCUCCAUUAGAUCUUUGGGUUGGACGGCAUGAACUUUUAUACAGCAGGAUAUUUAAUUCAUAAUGAAUACAAUUCUAUAACAGCGUGCUGAUUGUCUUUAGAUUGUCAUGGUUGACAUGACUCCGUUCUGCUGCAUUCUUCAUCUCCUUCCUCGUCCAUAACUUCCAAGCUAAUCCUACAUCACGUGCCCUGCCCUCCCACCCAGAUGCUACUCGGAACACUGUAGUGGGUAUCCAAGAAAACCCCUUCCCUGAAGGGCACAAGGGAAUACAAAAGAAAAGAAACAAGUUGAAACGCCGGCCCCU